GGCAGCUCCCGUCGCUCCUACGCUCCGCCCUCCUCCGGCAGACAGGCGGUGAGAAACAACCACACACGCUGGUGAGCAUUUCGCUUCAGACGUUUAUGGGGAGGGAGAGAACUUCACCUACAAUUUGCUCCGAUCUUCGUCAUCUCAAACGGGUUGAAAAUUGAGGAGGAUGCGCGCAGCAUGGAUGGAUGGAGAGGGGGGUCCAUAGCCUAAGUGCGUCGGGGAUGUUGUUUACAUAACAAUUGAGGAGGAACCGUUUCUAAAGGAAAUAAAUGAAACGAAAGUCUGUUUUUCCAGAGUAUAGAUGCCCGGAUGAGCAGUGUGGAUUGGGUAGGAUUUGUAUGAAUUAAGCUUAAAAGUGGUGCUGAUCGCUUGACGGAUCUGUCGAAAGAGAUCAGGUAUUAUUAGUGAUGCGCGCCACAGUAUCUCCUCAGUGAGAAGGAACCAUGGCUUUCUUUGUGGUCCCGCUGCUUCUCCAAACGGGUUUCGUUCUGGGUUCAAACUACGGCUAUGUGGAGUGGUCAGACAGCGACAGAGACUACAAGUACCCCUCUGACUUAACCACUCAGAGCGCAAGCAGGGAGCCGCCCCAGAGCCCAACCGCGCACCUGCUUCCAGUGACCGAGCGCGCCGUUGUUGCGCACAAAAUAGAGGAGGACUUGCCCCGGGUCGUGACCGCUUUCCUGCACACCGGGGACUCCUCUGCAUUGAGGCAGGUCAACUGUUCGCGGAGGUACGAGCUCAGCAGCCUGCGUGGGGACCUCCACGUUGCCUCCCACUACUCGCUCCACAGCAUUCUUGACACGGUGGCGCACGCCACAAACUUCCUGAACAUGAUCCUGCAAGCAAACAGGUCCCGCGAGCAUGCGUUACGCAGAGACAUCCACUGGUACCACGCGCUGGUGCAGAGCAUCCUCGAGGGAGACCCCAAAAUCCACAGGGCGGUGGUGACCCUGCACACUGACGCACCGACCCCGGGGCCCCACGUUUUCCUGCAGGCGACGAGGGCUGAGGACGAGUUGGUGCUGCAGGACUUUUCCAGCUCUGCGCACCGCCAGCUGAAGACCAGGAGCCCGGAGUCUGACUGGUUCAACGACUUUAGGGAUGGAAGGAGACCCCACGGCCACAGUGGAAGUUACCUUCUGAAGAAGAACCAAAUCAAGUGGUCUGCCCCAUAUCUGGAGUGUGACCAUGGGACGUUUGUGCCUUACUGGCUGCUUACAUUGUCUGCUGCAUUCUAUGGGCUGAAGAGCAACUCGGCUCUCGAGUUCAGAGGUGUUGUUCGUGUGGACGUUAACCUGCAGAACUUGGACAUCAACCAGUGCUCCAACAGUGGCUGGUUUGCUGGGACUCAUCGUUGUAAUCUCACCAGUAUGGAAUGCAUUCCAGUCGGUGGACAUGGAUUUGUGCUGGACAAGUACAAGUGUCAAUGCAGGAGGGGAUUUUAUCAUCCGAGCAGAGUGGCACUCAAUGGCUUUAAAAGUAAGGAGCAGGACUCCAACAGGGAUGAGACCUCUGACGUGACGUCCAGCAGGUGUCUGCCAUGCCAGGAGGGCUGCCCCUACUGCCAAGAUGACACUCCCUGCCUGGUGCAGGAAGAUGGGGCUCUGCGGAUCGCCGUGGCCUCCUUCCAGGGUCUGUGCAUGAUGUUGGACUUGGCGAGUAUGGUGGUGGUGUACCACUUAAGGAAAAACAAGAGCAUCCGCACAUCUGGACUUAUUUUGCUGGAAGUAAUCUUAUUUGGAGCAUUACUGCUCUACUUCCCGGUGAUGAUCCUGUACUUCAAUCCCAGUGUGUUCAGAUGUAUCCUCCUGAGGUGGGUUCGCCUCAUGGGUUUCGCCAUCAUGUACGGGACUGUCAUCCUCAAGCUGUACAGAGUGCUGAAGGUGUUCCUGUCCCGUACAGCCCAGAGGAUGCCCUACAUGACCAGCUGGCGGGUCUUGCGGCUGCUGGUGGUGAUACUGUUGGUGGUCAUAUGGUUCCUGGUGGCCUGGACUUCAGCCGUAUGCCAGAACCCAGGGCUAAGUCAGGCUCUUAUUGCAGCUGGCCUCACCCCAGAGGGACUGCAGUUCAGCAUGUGUCAGCUGGACCGCUGGGACUACAUGAUGGCAGUUGCUGAGUUCCUGUUCUUGCUGUGGGGUGUUUACCUGUGCUACGCUGUCCGCACCAUACCCUCAGCUUUCCACGAGCCAAGAUAUAUUGCUGUGGCUAUCUACAAUGAGCUCCUCAUAUCUGCCAUCUUCCACAUCAUCAGAUUCUCUCUGGUGCCAGGGCUGCACCCCGACUGGAUGCUCAUGCUGUUUUUUGCUCACACUCACCUGACUGUGACUGUGACUCUGGGCCUUCUGCUUGUUCCAAAGUUCCUGUCAAAAGGCAUUCAGGCAAGGGAUGACAUCGCCACAGAGGCAUACGAGGAGGAGCUUGACAUGGGAAGAUCUGGCUCUUACCUCAACAAUAGCAUCACCUCUGCCUGGAGCGAGCACAGCCUGGACCCUGAUGAUAUACGGGAUGAAUUGAAGAAGCUGUAUGCACAACUGGAAGUAUACAAACGAAAGAAGAUGCUCGCCAACAACCCACACCUUCAAAAGAAACGCAACUCAAAGAAGGGCCUGGGACGCACUCUGAUGAAACGCAUCACAGAGAUCCCAGAGACCAUGCACAUCCACCGGCAGUGCAGCCGAGACGACGGCAGCGAGCACGGCAGCAACCGGGGCACCUUGAAGAGAAACCAGUUUGAGCCAAGCCACCAUGGAAAACCUCGAGAUGACUCCCUUAAAAACAAGGUCAUGGUUUUGCCGAAGUCACUCAGCUUUGACCACGUUUGUGACCAGGAUGCAGAAACUGGGAGCCAGACUGAGUCUGUUCCCGGAGACAAAAUGACUCCCAUUGGAAACGGUGGGGAGGCGUCUCUCCUAGGCUCUCUAAUCGGCCGCAGACAUGCCAAGAAGCACCUGGAACCAACGGGAAUCCCACCAACGCUGGAACCAGCUGAGUCCACAGAGUCUGUUCCACUCUUUUGGAAAUCAGCAAGUGCUCACAAUUUAACACAUGACAAGAAACCCGUGCAUCUGCGGACCUCCAUUAUGCAAAAGUCUCUAAGCGUGAUUGCGAGCGCAAAGGAGAAGAUGCCAGGUCUUGCAAACAAAGAGGAUGCCUGCAAGAAGGUUCAGAAGGGUCAAGAGGACAAAAUAUUGUCAGAUGUGGACGAGACACAAGAAAAUUUCCCCAAGAUGAUCAUCAGCCAGUCAGUGGAGUACUCCAAGACACCCAUGAAGAUAGGCAUAAUGAAACAACAGGUCAGUGGCAGCCAACCAUCCAUUUACCCUGAGACUGGAAGGAACCUUUACGAUGUGUCGGAGGUUUGUCCCUGGGAGCUGGAAGAAGCUCAGACUCCGUCAGAGGGGAAGACCCAGAAGCACGUGUCCAUCGCUCCUGGAGAAACCACUAUGGGCCGCAGGGGCAGCAGCAGCUCUGCAACCAGCAAAGGUAGCCGAUCUCAGCAGAAGCAAAAAGUAGGGCAGUCGCCAUCCAACAAACGUCGAUCCAAAGACAAAGAUGGAGAAAGGGUGGAUGCACAGAAAUCUCGGCCACCCAAAUCCCCUCUCCCUCUUAAGCCAGAUGUGUGCCCCUGGGAAUUUAAUGAACAGCCCAUGCUGGAGGGAGAUUCAGACUCCAUCUCUCCUGACAGAAUCAGGCGAAAGAAAAGUGUCACACCCACUGAUGGUAAACCCAAAGGGCUCCACUCGGACCAUUCCAAGUCUACAGGGAGCCUUUUACAGCCACCAUCUCUCAUGGUGGAAAUCUGCCCCUGGGAUUACACCAGCCCACCCUCGCCAAAGCAGGAGAGGACCUGCAACAGUCCCACCACGCACAAGAAGAAACGGAAAGGCUCCUCCUCAUCUAACUACAAAGCUGAAAAGGAGAAAGGCAGAGAGAAAAGCAGGGAGAGGCGGAGCUCCUCCAGCAAGCCUCCGACAGAGAGGAGACGGGUUAGCCAAUCGUCUGAAUGUGGUGGGUUGGUUUCACAGCGGCGACGGAGUUCAACAAGAGACGCAGACACUACAGAAAUCAGGAGAUCAGAGGCUUUUUCCCGCGAGACGGGGCACUCACACAGCAACAUGGCUCAGACUAAAAGAUCACCAGAGAAGAAGAAAGAAAGCACAGGGCGCCCUGGUUUAGAACCUGAAGUCCUUGGCAGCGCAAAUUUAGUUGAUGUCUGCCCUUGGGACUUUCCAGAGCAAGAUUCAGGCAAACGGGCAUAAUGACUGGGUUUAAAGUUUCCUUCUUUGUACUUCUAGUGAAAGAACCAAAGGAAUGAUAAACUUACAAUAGACUGGUUUGUAAGAGGGGUUCUUUCUAGGUCACUUCUGUGACAAGCAGACUGUGACAGCAGGACAGUAGAUGUUUCACCAAUUUCAAAUGCAUCCAUCAGGCUGAAUUUUCUGUUCCACUUCUAGCAAAAGCUUCCAUAUUUUAUCACAUUUGAUGCAAAAGGGCAAUGUGUCAAAAGAUUCAUACCUUUAUUGACCAACUGAGGUGACAAUCAUUUUCACAAAAUACAGGACAUAUUAGAAGCACGUGGAGGAAACAUAGAAGCCUCAUCAUGUUUUUUUUAAAAACUUACUAUGGUCCAUUUGACAGUAGUAUCACAAAAUCUGGUUUCACUUGCUCAGUGUAGGUCCACUGUGUUUCACUAUAAUCUAAUCAUUUAGAAAUUUCCAGUCGGUAUUUGUCCGUUACUGAUCCACCAAUAAAAACAGUGUCCAAUCGCCUUGCACAUUUUUGUGCCUUUGCUGUCAAAAAAUGGCAGCAAAAACAAAGUACACCCUAACCCUUAAUCCCACCCCUACCAUAGUUAGCAAUGCUGGGGCAAAUAUUACCACACAAAAACUGAUUGAGGUACUCAAAUUCGCUCAUUGAAAUGCUAAUGCACGAGCACCUUCCAGUAUGAACAAUCCUGAAAAUGUAAAGCAUUGCACUUAACAAUACUUAGCAAAGAUUGAGUUUGCGUGACUGUCUCUAAUGUAUCAACAAUUCCUAAAUGUAUCGCCCUCAUUAAUUAACUUUUAUCCAAUCAAAUUUUAGCUUGUUCUUGUUUUUGGUAACUGACAAGAGUUUCUUUCUGCAUUCUCAUCUAAGCCAUAGUCACAACUGCCCUUACGGGUGGAAACGGGCUGUCGGCAGGGCACAAAGGUGAUCUAUACAAAAUCUUAUAAUCGUAGACCAUCAGGUGACCCGUAAGGUGAACGCUUAUGCAACACGUAAGGGUACGGAAGUAGGUGAGACACAGGCGUGUCGUACAGCCCAUUAGUGCUGUUCAAGUAGUAAUUGCGCGCUCGUCGCACAUCCUUGCCUGUCUGUUAGAAAUAAGGAAAGUAGACAAUAAGAGCAUAAUUUGUGCGGGCAUCCUACGGCAAUCUUAGAGAACUUUUGGAUCACGUACACACUCACUCACUAGUGCGCUCACCUUACUAAUGAUUGGAGUAGUGCUUAAAUGGUGCCGUCCAACAACAUCACCUGUAUUCCAUAAGUGUUGUAACCUAUGUUUUCCUUACCAAUAUUUCAUGAUGCACUUACUGCAUGCAUGACAAUGGUACAUUAUAUUUUCAUGAGGUGGAUGCACGAGCAUCGCCUGUGCCUCUAUAAACAUGCAAACCCUCUUCUCUACAACCUUCUACAGGCCGCGACAACCCAAAAACCUACAGCCUCCAUAAAGGUCGAUAACAGGUGCUGUUGGUUUUUGGGCCUUCGUCAGAGGCUUUUUCAAAACCCUUCCUCUGUUAGCAUUCUGAUUUGGAAUCAAAAAUGAAGACCAUUCUUGUGAGACAGUUUAGUCCAAUUAUGACUUUUUUGGCAGCAACAUUACUAAUCUCUACAUCUUGUUUUUGAUCAUGUGUUUGAGUAUCCAUGGCUGCCCAGCCUUGGUCCUUUACCACCAAUGCUCACUUUAGAGAAAUUUUUACUGAUCACCUGGAGUUAUACAUAGUCAGUUAGAACCUGGGUUCCAUCUGACUAUACAUAUUCCAAGCUUAUCAUUGAAAGUAGGUAUUGGUUAGAGGGAAGCAAGCAGCAGACCUAUAACGUUGGAAAUGGGUAACCCUGACGGCAGAUGUGGAAGGAUUUCUUAAAAACCAGCAGGAUGUACAACCUUGAGACCUGGAGUCUGACACCCCGCAAUUGUCAAUUCUGCACAUCACAGGAAACGCACAAGUAUUUGUUUUUAGGAACACAUCAAUAUCCACAAAUUCCAUGGUGUAGUUAUAAUGCAUUUAUAGUACACGCCAAAAAGAGAUGGCACAGCUUCAUUUAAUCAAGAAAAAGUGCCCAUCUUUGCCCAUUUCAACUAAUGGGGUUCUUAUCAAUGACCUUUUUGAGUAAAUAAAACCUCAUGGGUGGAAUAACUUGGUGAUAGGGAAUUUAGGAGGGUGCAACUCAUAAAUCUGACCACUCUUGAUCAUGCUGUUCAGAUAUCAUGUAACAAAUGAUGCUGCUUUUUCAUCCAGUCUCCUGGAAACUCACGCCAGAUCUAGUCUUCUCAACCCAACUGUACUAGGCUGUACUUUCUGGUGUAAAUGUGGCUUCACAAAAAUUAAAGAGAGUACAAAUGACUUACAAGUACAACUAGCAUGCCUUACUGUUAGGCCAAAUGCAACAUUCAUGGAAACAAUCUGCCAGAUGGGAACCAUAAGAAUAACAAACACCUCAGCUAAAAGAGGAAUACUGUAUGCUUUAGUGGGAGUUAUCUGUUUACAGUGUGUUUUUUCUCAUCAGCCAUUGCAUGUGGCAAACUACCAAGCAUCAAACGACUUAUGUACUGGUCAAUUUGUACUCAGAUAUGAAAGUGGAAAUGUUGAUGUUGUUGCUUAAACUAUUUGUCGACUUAUAUAACACACGAUGCUCUUGAAUAGUCACAUUUGAGAUGGGAUGCAACUGAGGUGUAAAGGAAUAUCUACAAGGCUGAAAUUUGUUUACUGUUAUAGACUCCGACUCACAGCCCCGUUUUUAAAAAAGGAGUGCUGUAGCGGAGGCUGAAACGUGGAGCAUCCACACACGCACCAUACUGAAAGUAUUUCAAGGACCAAACCAGAGCCAGUCUUUUGUGGAUUAUGUGAAUAAUACAUUUUGUCCCAUACUUGCCCAUUUUGUUUGCUUGAUUGCACCUUCCUUUAAACCGCAAUGGUUUAAGAACACUUGCAUGACCAAAGCUUUGUUUCUUUCCGUGCUUUUUCUCUUAGAGUGUGAGUAAUUCAUCAUUUUAGCAUCAUCUCCAAAAGCAACAACAGUCUUGUGUCAGUGACGACUCAUGCAAGAUGGCCAUGCACAGUAGUCAGUUCAGCUUGACAGCUGUGUAUGCAUGACAGCAAGAAUACUGGAAUCACUUAGAUCACCUUGAAGCUUAAAUUAGUUAUUGCAUAUGUUAUGAAAUACUUAGAGGAGACCACGUGGCAUUUUUUUAAAUGUACCCCAGGCAUUUUUUUUCUUCCAUGGACUGGCUGUGUGAGAGCAGAUUAAGAAACAUGACCCACCUCUUGAACUUUUCCCUUUGGCAACGUCAGAGGCUGUUUGAAUGGGAAUGCCAUCAUUUGGCCACUACAUGUGUUUUAUGCUAACUGUGCAGUAUAGUGUGCUCCCAAUCAUUAGAGACUGUUGUAGCAUCCACAUGGGAUUAUUUAUACUGUGCAUUCACAUUGUGUUGCAUGUAUAUACAGUUAAUGAUGGUACAAGUUCUCAAUUAAAUGUUUCUAUAAAACCAAA